CCCACUGCGCAGAGGGGUUUGCGCGUGCGCAGUCCCAGUCUGGCGAGACAGUUCACGCGGCCGAAGGGUCAGAUUGGACCCGAGAGGCGGAAGCACGCUCCUGGACUUCCGGCGAGCGCAGCCCCGGCAAGAGUGGCAGCAUGGAGGAAGCGCCCCACGGCUGCCCCGGAGCCGACAGCGCCCAGGCGGGCCGAGGAGCCUCGUGCCAGGGAUGCCCCAACCAGAGGCUCUGUGCGUCGGGCGCCGGCGCCGCUCCGGACCCGGCCGUGGAGGAGAUCAAAGAGAAAAUGAAGACGGUGAAACACAGAAUCUUGGUGCUGUCUGGGAAAGGUGGUGUUGGGAAAAGCACGUUCAGCGCCCACCUCGCCCACGGCCUGGCAGAGGAUGGAGACACACAGGUCGCCCUGCUGGACAUCGAUAUCUGUGGGCCAUCAAUUCCCAAGAUCAUGGGCUUAGAAGGAGAGCAGGUUCACCAGAGUGGCUCCGGCUGGUCUCCAGUGUACGUGGAGGACAACCUGGGGGUGAUGUCUGUGGGUUUCCUGCUCAGCAGCCCUGAUGAUGCUGUCAUCUGGAGGGGACCAAAAAAAAAUGGCAUGAUCAAGCAGUUCCUCCGAGAUGUAGACUGGGGAGAUGUUGACUACCUCAUCGUAGACACUCCACCGGGCACAUCCGAUGAACACCUCUCUGUCGUCCAGUAUCUGGCUGCGGCGCACAUUGAUGGGGCCGUGAUCCUCACCACCCCUCAGGAGGUGGCCCUCCAGGAUGUCCGGAAAGAGAUCAGCUUCUGCCACAAGGUGAAGCUGCCCGUUAUCGGUGUGGUGGAGAACAUGAGUGGCUUCAUCUGCCCCAGAUGCAAGAAGGAGUCUCAGAUCUUCCCUCCCACAACCGGGGGUGCAGAGGCCAUGUGCCAGGAUCUGAAGAUCCCUCUCCUGGGCAAGGUGCCGCUGGAUCCACUCAUAGGUAAGAGCUGUGACAAAGGCCAGUCUUUUUUCAUUGAAGCCCCAGAUUCACCAGCCACAGCAGCCUACAAAAGUAUAAUUCAAAGGAUCCAAGAGUUUUGUAGUUCUCGUCAGUCACAUAAUGAGAACCUCAUCAGUUCCUGAAGGGGACAGAGCCAAUGCCACCUGCUCCUAGCCACAGAACCUGCAGGCACAGGUCCAGCCACAUCUGGUCAGCGGGGGACAGACAGGAUUUGAAGUCACAUCCAUAGGACCCUUUGAUCACCUGUCUGCCCGUUUCCUCCAGGUCAGAGGUACAGGUGCUCUGCGUACAGACGCACUCAUCGCAAAAUAAAACUCUCCCUGAACCCGUCCCUAGGGCCUGCUCUCUGGAGUCCACCGGACUGGCAGUCUUCUGGGUCACAGGACUCCCAGGAGCUGCUUUUGACUCAGAAUACAAGCCUAGGGAGGGACAGAGGGAGGACUGGAAGUGACAGCAGCCUCAGCCCACACUGGAGUCUCCAGCCUGGGAUCCUGCUUUGGCUAGGGGCCAUCAACAUCCCCCAGAAAAGCCCAUAAGUCAUCCACAGGGUAAUAGGUACCCUCAGGACAUCAAUAAUCUUCAGGGUCCCAGGAAAACUGUUUCCUAGUGCUUUUGAGAGACUGAUGUGACUAUCCUCGUGACCGGAGACUAAGACACAGGAACUGAGAGCUGCUGAGGGAAGGUAUUCCAAUUUCUACACCAUUGUGGUGUGACAGUGGAAGGUGGCAGCCCCCUCCCCUGUCCUUCCUGUCCUCUCCUUCCCCUUUACACACGUACUCUUGGAAUGUGCUGGAGUCCCUGUGGGGAAGAUGUGACCUUUCUGAAGGUCGACGGUUCUGGUCAGGCCCUAAACUUGGGCACUCCAUCUUGGACCUACUCAGGUCAGCUUGGAGGACCUGGGAGAGUCUGCCAAGACCUCAGGCACAGCUGCUCAGGAGCUGCAUGCCUCACCUAACGCUGGUGGAUGUCCAGUCCUUCAAGCCUGGGCUGCUCAAAGUCACCUGGGGAAGCCUGCAAGGCAAGAAGAACCAUGACUAUCCCAGCAAAGAGCAGCGCAUUGCCAGAGACCCAGUGCCCCAGCAGCAGCAUUUGACCUCUGCACAAUGAACCUGUCAGACCAAAAACUCCUUCAUCCUUCACUUCAAGAAAUAUUUCCAUGGCUAGAGAGAUGGCUCAGCAGUUAGGAGCACUGACUGCUCUUCCUGGUAACCUGGGUUCAAUUCCCAGGUCCCACAUGGCAGCUCACAACUGUCUGACACCCUCACACAGACAUACAUGCAGGUGAAACACCAAUGGACAUAAAAUAAAAAUAACUUAUUUUUUAAAAAGGAAAUGUUUCCUGGCUUCAAAAUAAAACAGAAGACUUUGUCAUUCUUAA